AUGCCACGCAAGGGACGCAAAGCUGCGAAAUUAUGGUCGCUACACCCAGAGCUUCACGACGACGUAGCUCAGUUAUUAGACGAGGAAGGGCUUCAAAUAGACUUCUUUGACGCCGAUGACGAGGAAACUAACACUGAGGAACGGGACACGAACGUUAUGGGUCGAUUUAUAUGCCAAAACAGCGGAUGUUCCUCCAGUGGUUGGUCGAGCAAAAAAGUCGCGAUUACAAUUCGCAUGUACUCUCCACGGCGAUAUAAUGCACGAGUGUAUCAUCAGCGAUGCAGAAAUUGUGGAGCAGUUGGUCGGCUAGUCCUGGAUACUGGGUGCUAUGCGGAGAGAGUGACAUACUGGCUGAAAAAAUGGAAUGGAAUUGAGGUACGGCCGCCCAGGUUUUCUGGCCAGAGCAGAGGACCGCAUGAUAGUGAACUAUGUGAAGGGUGUAGAGUUGGUCAUUGUCCCAACUCAAAUGGGGAUUUAGCAUUGGUGCUAGCGAGGUAA